AUGAGCGGAAAUACCGUCUCUGAAUUGCUCGAGCAGGCUUUGAAGGUCAACGGGGACAAGAACGCCGUCCUGCUGUUGGACAUGCGACCUGCGGUGUGUAAAGUUGUAUCAUCCAUCAAAACAGCAGUGGGCGUCAGUGUGUCGAAUAUGUUACUGAGAAGGCCAAUGUACUCGCUCGACAUGUUGACAGAGCAGUUGACUACCCAACGAGAAAUCCAAGCGUUUUCAAACUGGAGGCAGUUUGCGAAUAUCGUACUUUUCGAUGCUACCGGCACCGUGCCUGCCAAGGGAACCCCCAUGUUCUGCAUAGCUCAGAAGCUCCGCAAGGAAGGUUACUCAGCCAGAUUGGGUUAUAUCCGCGGUGGAUAUAAUGCGUUUGCUCAUGAGCAUGCAUCUCUUUGCUCAGUGCCGAAAACCACUUCGCCCUUUCGCAGCCGUCUGCACCUCGGAUCUUUGCCCAAGAUGAUGAUCAAGCCCACUGAAAGCGGAUCGACUGUUUGUGAAACGCCCAUGAUGGAAAAUCCGAACGUCAAUCCACUAUUUGAGAGCGUCCGCCAAGCAAUGGGUUUAAACACGAAUAUCACGGAGGAGGUUCCUGUUCGAUUCCCACCAGAUUUCUCGCUGAAUAGCAUUCGAGAUCGACUUCCUGUCUGGCUUUUGAAUGCAAUCGAUAUCCGCAGCGGCAAAAAAGUGCUUGCCGAAUACUUUCAGAAAGUGGAGAUUGGUGAAAAGAAAAGACUGGCCCUGCUGACGGCACCCCAAGAGAUGCGGUCUAACAGGACAACGGAUCUCAGCAUAUGCGCAGGAUUGGAGAAGGGCCUAAAGAACAGAUACAAUCAUGUUUGGCCCUUCGACCACACUCGUGUUCGGAUUAAAGAGUGUGAGAACGGAGAGGACGACUAUAUCAACGCCUCGUUUCUAGAGCCUCCAUUUGGCCAAAAAAGAUACAUUGGCGCCCAGGCACCAUUGCCGUCAACAUUUCAAGACUUUUGGAAAGUCAUCUGGGAGCAGGAGUCUUGGGUGAUUGUCAUGCUCACGCGCGAGUUCGAGGCUGGAAGGGUAAAGUGCCAUAAGUAUUGGCCCACAUCCGAGCAGCCAGUCAUGGAGCUUGGCCCUCUGAGAGUUACAUUCCUCAGCGAAUACCGUGUCGAACCCGACAACGACUCUAUUCUCGUUCGACACAUGCAAUUGCGCCAUUUACAUCGCUCUGAGGACUCGGUGCGGGUUAUUACUCAAAUCCAAUACACUGGCUGGCCAGACUUUGGUGUCCCGGACACGCCCAUGGACGUCCUCAAAGUGAUCCAGCUCGCGAAUGACCACGGUGUCCCAGCAUCGGCAGGCCCAAUGAUGGUUCACUGCUCUGCAGGAUGCGGCAGAACAGGCGCCUUUUGUGUCAUUGAUUCUGUCCUGGCGGAUCUCAAGACCCAUCCCGAGACCGUUAUGGGUGAGACUGAUGUUAUUUUUGCCUCAGUGAACAGACUGAGGGAACAGCGGCUUUCUAUGGUCCAGUGUCUACGUCAGUUCGUGUUCUGUUACGAGGCCAUCCUUUGGCGCCUGGCGGUCCCAUUGACAAGGAACAAUAAUCGACUGCAGUUGAGUCUGCCCAGGAAGGGCCUUGUUCCACAGACGCCCUCUUUGUCGUUCCCUAGAAGAAUCUCAAUCACACAGCCGGCACUCUCGAGAGGAAUCGCCCCUGCAACAACAACAAACAAAGAGUUUUCGUUCUUUGCUUGA